CACUUAAUACCCAAUCAUCACCAGCCCACCUAACACCCAACAAUCACCAUCCCACCUAACACCCCAACCACCACCAUGGCCACCACCACCCAACACCCAACCAUCAACACCCCACCGGACUGCGUUGUCAUUGUCUUGUUUCUGAUCAUUGCAAUCGGUGCACUCUGCCUUCAUUUUUCUUCAGAGGCCAUGAAACAUGGAAAGAUCAUGCUGGAUAUGUGGCUUUGGUAGUUUUACUUCAUGUUUUAGCAGCAACAUCCUUGUUCAAACAUCCAAAACAUUUGCCUGAGUUUCUUCACAUUAUGAUCUACAUGUUCAGAUCUGUAGGACUCGUUGUUGUAAACUCACUCAUUCUAGUCGUGGAAUUAUUUCUAAAAGCAGGUAUCAGAACACUUUGUCAUGCUACAUUAACAGAGAUUUUGGUAUUCAAUACUAAGUUGAUUGCAAGAUGCCAUGUCUUGGUAGUAGAGCAUCAGUUUGGUAGAUCUCAUCUGGUUGAUGUUUUCAGGAAUGAAAUUUUAUGAAAUUUUUUUGAAAUUCAUCUCUCUUUAUUUUUUUAAUCAUUAUUUGAUAUAGUUGCCAGCUCAUGUCCUAUGAACUGUCAGGUGUCAUGUCAAGAGAAUAGGAAUCUUUCAGAAGAAAGCUUUUCUAAAAGUUUAAUGUCUGUGCUAAUAUACUGUUGGUAUACAAUAAACUGUGCCAAUGGCUUCUAGGGAAAGGAGUACGGACUGUAGGAGAUCUGCGUGUGAUUGUUUUACCGUUUGAAACAGUGGUUGUUUUGACUCAUACUCUAAAUAUGCAAGAAGCAGCUGGAAAUGGACAGAUGGAGACCAAACUGCUCUUUUCCAGCUUUAUCAAGAUAAUGAUACCACCUCUGAUUUAUCAUGUGAGAGAUACCUGGGGAGAAUUCUUUUUUUUUUCUGAAAUCUGCAAGGGGAAGUUUUCUGUAAAGCUGAUGGAAUUACAGUUGGAAUAUAAAGUAGAAUUCAUAUGUGAGGUCUUCGAUAUGAACUUGUCAGCAUGUGUGAUUCUGCAGGGUAUAGAUAAAAUACCUGUCAAAUAUCAAUAAUGAAUUGAUUCUAUCAGAGGUUCUGUUCCACCAGCGGUUCUGACAGAAUUUAUACGUAAUAGGAAAUGUGGGGGAAAAAACACAGUUACCAGCAGUUCUGAAGAAACAGUGUUUACUAGAAAUGUUACAGUGAAUGUAAAAUAUGCAUGUCUAACCUGCUAAGCUGCGAGCGAGUGGACUUGACAUUUUGUAAGCAGGACUAUGAGAACCUUAAUAGUCUAGCAGUAGAACUUAAAAACAACUGGGUUCAUGUGUUCUAAAUGUUCUUUUGUGAAGCUUUAGAUAGUAAUGCAACUAGUCAGUAAUGCAUGCUACAGUCCAAUCUAAAGGUAAGAAAUUUGAUUGUAAGCAACAGGAUAAAUAAAUGUUUUAUUUUGGAUAUUGAAAUAUUUACAGCUGCAGACCCGAUGGCUUCCAUUAGUGUGCACAAUGGACACAACUCUUUUUAUGGACAACUGCCAGAGGUGGUGUUUCAGCACCGGUAUACCUUGUUUUGUGCAUGUGCUCACAUGUCCAGAGCUUUAUCGCAGUCCCAGUGUGACUAUAUAACACUACAUAACACUAGACUAUAAAAUGGCAUCAGUUAUGGCCAAUAUUUCCUCGCUGAGAAUCUGAUGGAUAUUCAAGGUUGAUAGAACAUGAUGAUGUAAAUAAUCUAAAUUUCUCUUUUACCUCUCCUAACCCCCAGGGGCUGGACAAAACCAGGAAGCUGUCAAGAAAAAUCACUCUACUACAGAAACAGAUGAUUUGGUUUUAAUGUCACAUGCCACCAUGAGGUUUCGAGAACAAAUGCAGGAAGUGCAAGAAGUUUAUUGGGAGCUAGAGGGGCAAAAGCAAAGGGGCAGAAUAAAGAAAGAUACACACUCAAUACAGUUCUGUUCAAAACAGAAAUAUCAUUAAUAUCAAUAAACCAGAGCACACAACCAGUGAGUUGAGAAACAAAGUACUGAGUAGGUUCAGCAAUUAAAACCUAAAGUCCUGAAAGAUCUAUAAGAAACUUGUGGUCACAUCAUUAGUGUCUAGACAGGUCUGUGGCCUAAACUAGACUUUUAAUCAAUCAAUAUCAGCUUCCAUCACAAUAAUAGCAUGCUCAUGACCACGGUGAUGACCUGCACCUCACCUGGUGGCCCAAACCUCUGCUUAGACAGACAUCUUGCUUGGUUCUGUGAUCAUCUUGCUUGGUUCUGUUACCCAUCAUGUAGCUCAACUACAAGGUUAAAGGUCUCCACACUAAUGUGUGUACAUGCAAGCAGAAGGUGUCCAAGUGUUUAAACACCACCUGUGGCAGUUUGAGGGGUAAGUUAGAACUAUCCCUGCAUUGGCAUAUCUUGGGAACUUUAUUUGUGGUGGUAAUUCUCCAGCUGUGAAAGAAUUCAUCUCAUGUACCAUGUAAUUUCAAGUUGAAUUCUGAAAUCUUGCAAAUAAACGGUUAGAGAAUCAUUCAUUCAUGGAUUAUUUACAGAUUUGCUGCACUUCAUGUAGAAAUAUUGGUGUCUUGCUCUGUUGCAGUGUUACUUGCAGUGGGAUUUUGUCCUCCUGUUUCUGUCUUCUGCAAUCUUUCAGGGGGUCUUAUGGUAACAGGAUCAGAGCCAUCUUUGCCUCUGUGGGUGAGGAUGUCAUACUGAACUGUUCUGUAGAUUCACAUGUACACAUUAAAAGGACAGACAAACAUCCAGAGAUUCUCGUCCUAUUUUAUCAAGACAGCAAAAUCUUCCCUGACUCCUCACAUGAGAGUUACUACAGAAGACAGACAGGACAGAAGGCUUGAAGGCUGGGUCGGUAGCAGUAGUGAACUUUGUACCUCAAUGGCUUUAUUAUAAGAAACUAAUAAGUAAGAAACUAGUCUCUCUUAGUAUUGCCAUCCAUUGUUUUUUCCCCGUUGUUCAUGGCUUCUAUUCAAUAUCUUGUGCUUCACCAGACAACAGGCAAUGUGGAUAUACUGAGGAAAAUAUGCCACUGGACCAAGAGCUGAGUUAGUAGCUGACCGAUGAACAGUAGAACCCAACCUAGCACAGCUUGAUGGGACACACCUGGAUUCCAGACUAGUCUGAACCCAGGACAACUUACACAGCCAGACAAAAGGGCACACAAACAUAAUAAAGAAAUGUUGUUACUACAGCCAUUCUAGAAAAUAUACAAACAAUGCACUUACAGGUUAAACACUAAAUGAAGUCAUAAGCUGACUAAGCUGAGACCAAGCUACACACUAAAGGCCUGACACAGUAUAAUGAGAGUAGAGUAAAAGGAGCCAAAGUGAUGAUGCAUAGAACAUAAAACGUAUAGUUCUACUUAAUAUGUUGCUUGACACAAUAGGUGAUAUCCUGGUAUCUUUUAUCAAUAAUAAUAGCACUGAAUUAAUGUGGUGGAAAAUAUUUACCAUAAGACAUAGAAAAAUGGUUAUUUGCUUAAAAAUACUGACUGCAUUACAGUGGCCAUCUAUUUUUUUCAUCUCUCACUCAGUUUUCUUUGGGAAUAUUGCCUACAUACAGAGACCACUAGGACAUUCUGUCACAGUACUGACGAUCCUUGUGGUGUUGAUGUUUGUCACUGCUGUUAUAUUAGCUGCCUGUGGUCUCCGGAUACAUCUGACCGUGUGCCUAGAAAUACUCAACCUAGCUUUAUUUGGACUUUUAUUCUGUAACAAUCGAGACCCUCAUGUCUCCAUCAGCCAGAUCAGUUGUGUAUUAGCACCUUCCGUCAUUGUGAAGCUGAUGCUCCUCACUCUACAAAGGCACUUUUUUCAAGGAAAGCCUUUCGGAUAUGUUCAAAUCGCUCUGUCGUCUCUUAUCGUGCUGAUAUUCAGCCUGGGUCAAAUUUGUGUCUUUAUUCUUUUCUCUGUUACAUUAGAGGCUUUUGUUAAAAGAGGCUGGAUGAUUUUAUUCGAAGGUGUAAUGUUUAUAUUUGCGUGGUUCCUAUUGAUUUGUCUGCUGCGUCUUUACCGAGGACAGAGACGAUGUUGCUGCUCUGCUCAAUGGAGAAAAAUCGGAUAUUUAUGCUGCAGUGUUAUGGUUGUGUUUGUAAUCGCUGUCCAUUGCAUUGUCUACUUCAGCUAUGUAAACAUCAUCGUGGAAGCUAAAGAUCGUUCUGGAUAUUUGGCGCUCACGCCGUUGAUCCACAUUUUGGCUGCAACGUGUUUGUUCAAACAUCCAAAAUAUUUACCUGAUUUCCAUCAUGUUAUGAUCUACAUGUUUGGAGCUGUAGGUCUCACUACUGUAAAUGCCAUCGCUCUCAUCAUAGAACUGACCGUGAAAGCAGGAGCAGGAGCACGGACUAUAGGAGAUAUGCGUGUGAUUGUCUUAACCCUUGAAACUGUGUUUGUUUCCUUUUGGCUCGUUUUGCAAAUCUACGAUGCCUGGAUGAGAGUAAAAGACAGAAUAAAAUGCAAUUUUGAAGAUGAGAAAGUAAAAACACCUGAGAGCUGUCUUCCUGGUAUGACGUUUGAUUUUCCUGAGAUGACCAGUCUUUCAGUCCAGCCUUCCUGACUCAUCUGAGGAGAUUUGUUCAAUAACAUAUACAGUAACUCACACAAAAGCUACCAGACCUGUGUCUUAUGAGGAGAUUGUUCCCAAAUUCACCAGGACGACUGUGAUAAAGAGACGUUUUCAAACCUUUCCUUUCACCAUUUGGUGAAGUCUAAUGGUUUAUUACUAGAUGUUUCUGUCCAUAGUAUUCGAAUGUAGCUUAGUCUUAAAGAUCAUGUUAACAGAUGUUUUUUUAAUGUCAAAUGUUACAUUAUCCUUAUAAGUUUAAAAGUAAUGAGCAUUAUUUUAAACCUAGAGAUUUGCUGUUUAUGUCCUCCAUGUCCUCUAAUUUUUUUUUCCAUUUGAAAUGAGAAUGUAGACAUACACAGAAGAAGAAAAAAAACUCACUUAACAGUUUUAUAUGGGUAACUGUUUUUGUUUGUUUGUUUUAAUUGGGCUGCGGUUAU